CAGAUGCAUUGCAAAAUAAUAAGACACUUUCCACAUUAAAUCUCGGUCGCAAUGAAGUCGGUGCUGUUGGAGCACAGCAUCUAGGAAAUGCAUUACGAAAUAAUAAGACGCUUACCACAUUAAAUCUCUCGAUCAAUAAACUCGGAGCUGUUGGAACCCAGUAUCUAGCAGAUAUAUUACGAAAUACUACGACACUUAUUACGUUAAUUCUCGACAACAAUCAAAUCGGAGAUGUUGGAGCACAACAUUUAGCAGAUAUAUUACAAAACAAUAAAACACUUACCACAUUAAAUCUCUUGCGGAAUCAAAUCGGAAAUGUUGGAGCACAACAUCUAGCAGAUGCAUUACGAAAUAAUACCGUAACUAUAUCAGUACCUGGCUCAUCGAUCUCAUAUAUGCACUUUUCUUGCAGACACUUACCAAGUUAG